AUGGGUGGUUUUGCUCGCGCCCCCGAGGACCGGCCAACCCCUCCGGAAGUUUACAACUGGAGGGUCUACAUGGCCGCGCUCGUGAUUUCAAUGGGUGUUUUGGCUUAUGGUUAUGACUCUGCCUUCAUCGGCACUACCAUCGCCCAGGAGUCCUUCAAACGAGACUUUGGCAUCAAUGCGUCGAACAAAAACGAGAUAACCAGCAAUAUCACCUCCAUCUAUUCAGCUGGAGGAUUGGUAGGAGCGCUACUAAUGUACCCGUUCCUCGAGCUCCUCGGUCGCCGUGCUACGGUAAUCAUCUCGGACGCUAUCUUCAUCGUGGGCGCAAUUAUGUGUACUGUCCCCAAAGACCAAUUGAGUCUCGUACUUGCCGGGCGCUUCUUUACCGGCAUGGGCGUAGGAGGUAUAGCUGCAGUGUCUCCCAUCUAUAUCGCCGAAAUAUCACCUCCCGCUAUUCGUGGACGCCUCACUGGCUUUUUUGAGUCCUUCUACCAAACCGGUGCCGUCAUCGGAUUUUGGAUCAACUAUGGCAUCGUACACAACAUGGACAGCUCAAAAUCCAUCGCUUGGAGAGUGCCCAUGGCUGUUCAGCUCAUCCCCGCUGGGCUCCUGGCCCUCAUGAUCCCAGUUCUGAAGGAGUCUCCAACUUGGCUGCUGAAGCGUGGUCGUGAAGCUGAGGCUUUGAAGUCUUACAGCUAUUUCCGCAACUUACCGGAGGACCACCCAUAUAUUGCCCAAGAUGUCCAGUACGUGCGAAACGAGAUCGCAAAGGAGCGUGCCGCACUCCUUCAUGGCGAGAAGCAUGCUAGCUUCCUCACAACGAUCAAGGCCGCAGCAAGAGAAGGCGCUAUGCCAGGCAUGCGCAAUAGGUUUCUCCUAGUAUUCCUUAUGUUCAUGUGGCAAGCAUGGAGUGGUGCAGCAGCCAUCAACUACUAUUCGCCUAUCAUCUUCACUUCCAUCGGACUGUCUGACGUCACUCUCUGGACAGGUAUCUAUGGAAUCAUCAAAGCCGGAGGUUCUAUCAUCUUCUUUACCUGGUUUAUCGACAUGUUCGGACGGAAAUGGCCUUGGAUUAUCUCUUCGCUGAUCUGUGCUUUCUGCCAGUACUACCUCGCCGUAUACAUUGCGCUUGGAAAGCCGACCGUAGGCGAGCCCAUGUCCGAGUCGACAAUCGCUGGAGGCAAGGCCGCAACAGCCAUGAUUAUGAUCUUCGGUGCGGCCUGGUCAUUUGGUGCAAACGGUCUCCCCUGGAUCAUCUCGUCAGAAAUCUUCCCUGCGUCUAUGCGCUCCAUAUCUGGACCAUGGGCGGCAGCAUCGGUCUGGAUAUGGACUUUGAUCGCGACCAAAUCGUUGCCUUCUAUGUAUACCUCCAUGGAGUGGGGCGUGUACGUUUUCUUUGCAACGUGUCUUAUCUGCGCUAGCAUCUACGCCUUCUUCUUCAUCCACGAUACGAAAGGAUUGCGAAUGGAUCAGAUGGAUCAACUGUUUGGUUUCGAGAAGCGCGAAGAGUUUAUUGUGCAGGCUGAUGGGAAGGAUGCUGACUAUGAGAGCGAGCACCACGAAAAAGCACCUGCGCAACGAACUGAAGCUGUGUAG